AUGAGUUCUCAGCGUUACAGCUCAAUCGGUGUGCCUGGAGCCCUUGCUUGGGAAAUGGAGGAGUAUGAGUCCGAGUACCGACUGCAGGGGCGCACGACGGAGGUCUCCUCAACUAGCCUUCUCUCUGAGCACGGCUUCACCUCCGAAGACGAUCACCAACAGGACGUCGAUAGCACUGAAUAUCAACAGAACGUCAACAUCAACCCAUGCCAGCACAACGCGAGCGUCCACAGCUACCCGCAGAAUUUUGGUGCGGGUGCGGUUGAUCAACCCCCCGAAGUCCAUUUGGAGAAUCAGGUAGCUGGUCUCACAUCCGAGCACAUCGACAGUCAGGAGACCGAUGCCUUCCAAAAUGUAGACUUCAUUUCAUUCGGCCAACCUCUUCGCCGCUUCUACUUCCGCACGAUAGUCGGCAUCCUUGGACCGGUGAUCGUAGUAUCUUAUCUCAUCACCAUCUGGCGCAUCUACCUCGCCCCGCUCCACCCCGAAUCGACAGUAGCCUUCGGACCACCGGGUGCCAAAUGGGUCUUCUACAGUUGGUUCGUCGCGGGAGUGAUCGGACUCAGCUUAAGUCUCUACGGACUGGCUGGUGCAGAGGCUGGCAUGCUCAUGGAACGAACCUGGAGAGUUGAAGAUGCCAUGCGUCUUAUGUUGCAUGCUGACAAUACAUGGUCUGGCCCCGGUGGCUGGAUGAAAGCAAUCAAAUGGGUUGUGCAAAUACGCAGGAAGCGCAAUCAGCACAGCAAGCUCCCUUCUCCGUUGUGGUUUGUUCUGGCACUUCCAAGCGUUGUUGUCUUCGUGGCUUGGCCCUUGUCAGGCCUCUGUCUUGAGAUGACUAGUGGUUUCCUUCAUGAUAAGCCAGGGCAAGGAGCGAAUGUUACCGGAUUCGUUCAAUCGACCUUCAACGCCGUCCCUGGGAGUCGGAGGCCAUCCAGAAGGUCCUACAUCACCGCACGUGUUCUCGGACAUGGUGCUGUUUACACACCUGAAAACUUCGAUCGAUCGAAGAACGAGUUCUUGAAGAAUGUUCCAGUAAUACUGCCGAAUGCUGAGAGCGUCGAAGAGAUCUUUUUGACCGCUCAAGGUGAAACUCCUAUAGAGGGAAAAGCUUGGGGUCUAUUGUUACAUUACGAUUGCAAGAUCGUAGACAAAUUGUCUGACUUCGUUCUCCUAAAAGACCGUCGGUCUUCAACAGAUGUCUGGGGUUCUAGAUCCAUCUUGCCCGAUUUAGAAAGAAUGAUAACUGUACGAAGAGCGGAUCAGGAUUCUCCCAUCGACGAAUUCACGACAGCAGCGUCCCCGUUGGGCCCGACCGACAGCCUUGCUCCAGCUGCUACCUCCACCCUGGCUCCUGUGCCGAGCACGGUUCCUAAUUACAUGUCAUAUCGGCUCCAUGACAACAAAACCUUUGUGGAGAUAAGGAAAGAGCCCGCAGGGGGUGACGCUGGAUACUUACCCGAUCUAGCGAAAGGGGUAGUAAACAUCGGUGCAGUCAUAGAGACUGCGUAUCAAUCCCUGUCGCUACGAACGGGCUCGAACGAAGAACCGCCAUGCGGCUGGCUUUACGAUAUGGAAUACCUGUCAACGUCUUACUGCUAUCAUAAUCUGCAAGAAGAUCCCUCAAAACCGUAUCCCGGAAUUGAACACAAGAGAGCUUUUGAGGUUUUGUUGUGGCAAACACUUUUCGCCCCAACAGGUUCUGGGAACAUUACCAUCGACCGUACGAUCGAGUCGUUAACCGGCGAGUACAUCGAUGGUGAGGAGAGACUUGGAGCAAUUGGUGUGUCCUGUACGUCAAGCAGCAGUGUAGGCUCAGCAAACAUCGACGGCGUUCGCUCUACUUACUCUAACUUCCAACGGAGCGACACUCCAGUACCUACGUAUACCUCAAAGAAUGAUUGUGCGAAACGCUUUAGUGCAGAGACGCUCGCCUGUACACUCAACAUCACCGAGUAUGGUUGGUUGAAGUGGUUGUUUGACUCGAUAGGCCUACCGUCACCGGUUGAUCUAUUGUUCGAAGAUCCCACAGAAGGAGCUGUCCUUGGCAUCACGAGAUUUGAUGAUCAUCUCUAUUAUCUACAAGCCGAUCAACUUCGACAGGUUCUUCUACAAGCAUACUCCACCUACGCCAUCAAGCUCAUGUACAAUGACGGUCGGGAUUUCAUAGCCGUUAACGGAACACACCUCGAAUCACACGUCCCCGACCUCACGGCUUUCGUCGCUGGCACCGUGAUCGAACCGGGCGUAAUGCCAGCCGCUGUUCCUGUGGCUUUAUUCGGAUUGUGGGCCUUGAUCAGCUCAGGUCUUUGCCUUCUCUAUGGCUUCAGACGACGAUGGAGCGCGAUUCUGGAUGGGCAUACAGUCUUCAGGCUUGGGGCAGAGUUGCAGCAGACGUACCGAGCGAAGCUUCAACGGUAUUCUACGAUUGCUGAUAUUGAAGAGUGCGAGGCUUUGCAUAAGAUUCCGGGAUUCGUUGCUGACAUGGAUGCUGAUGACGAUGUGGGGAGGAUUGGGCUUAUGGAUGGGAAGCCGGCUAGGAAGGACAAGUUUUAUCGGUAG